CCCUGACCUCGGACGCCCUUGAACCCAGUCCUGUUUCGUGUUGGGUUUUGGCAUGCUACUAUCCCCCAUUCUUCCGGUAAUGUUCUCCCUCCUGUCCAUUCUCCUGGUUCUGGUUCCGACUGUCCAGGGGGCGGAAUGGGACAUUUAUGAUCUUGCAGACUCUUUGGGCUGUAAAGACUUCGUCGGUGCUCUACAAAACUCGGGACCAAUGUACGUCCUAUCGAACAACAACUCCGGACCGUUCACUGUGUUCGCACCGACCGACGAUGCUUUUAACAACCUUCCGGCCAACAUCGCCGCCAUCUUUAACUACGGUAAUUGGGAAUACAUGCACGAGAUUAUCACGUUUCACAUCGCUUACGGCAACCUGUCAUUGGGUGAUUUCCAUAACGAGGCUAGGCUCCGCACGUGGCAGGGACAGGAUCUUAGGGUCAACGUCUACUCCAACUCAUCAGGUGGCGCUCCGAUGGUGACGGCAGAGGGCGCAAGGAUCGUUAAGUCUGCAGUAGCCACCAAUGGGAUCUUACACGUGGUGGACCGCGUGCUUUACAACUUCCCUCAGGUCUCGGCCGACCAAUACGUCCACGAACAGUGGAACCUCACUACCUUGGACAUGGUGGUCCAGAUAGCCGGCCUACAAGACACUCUCAGGGGAGACAACAUGACACUCUUUGCCCCUAACAACUCCGUGUUUGGAAAGAUAAAAGGGUUCGAGAACCAUACCCUAUCUAACGUCACACGGAUCACAAAUUUGGUGAAGAAUCACAUGGUCAGUUCCACAUUCUAUUCCGCGAGUCUGACUGACGGAGCCGUACUGACCAACACGCUCGGACAACACAUCGCGGUCAAGAAUAACGGAACCGCCAUUACCUUAAACGGAGCCCCAGUGAUACGGAGUGACGUCAGCGUUACCAAUGGUGUAGUGUACAUCAUAGGAGAUCUACUUUUCCCGGUCUAAUCAUCAGAUUAGCACCGGAUAUCAUUUUUUUCCAGCCAAAGCACCGGAUAUAAACUUUUUUGAACAUGAAAACCAAAUAUGAACUUUUCCAAACCUGAGGACAUGAUGUGAAAUGUUUUCAAUCUGGGUCUGGGCACCGAUU